AAAUAUAUACUUCAUGUACAAAAAACUACGUACGUACGAAAGAUUUCCCAAUCUUGAACGAUGGCAGUAAUUUUCGCAUUGAUAACUUGUUACAUCGCUUACGUUUCGUAAUUUGUAGUACAGUAGAAAGCCAAGAUAAAGGAAACCGAAGUGUUAUGAAUAACAAAAAAUAUUGGAAGAUGUUGACGUAGCGCAGUGGGAGAGGUAUCACUAACUCGAUUACUCAAAUUGAGUUAUGAUUCCUUUGCAUAGGGCUCCAAUGUUUUUCUAAUUAGAAAAAAUUUGAUGGCAACGCAGUAAAAUGUGGCACUUUGAUGUGAUGAACGGGUCCGAUUUGCCUCCCGUAAGCGAGGAUACAUUUUGUAAACACAUUUUAAAUUCGAGGAUAAAUAACUCAAGAGUCCGAAUUUGGGAUCUGAUUAUAUUGAUACCGAACGCGCUGUUCGUGCUGUUUCUAGUGGUGAGGUUUAACAAGGCGCAGCUGAAGCUCCGAGCGACGAGUAGCCCGAUAUUCCUGACUUUUUAUUCGUUGGUGUGGGGCAACGUUAUAAUAAGUGUGGUGAGAUGUGCGGUGGCGAUGACGCUGAAUGCCCCCAUGCCGCUGGGUGGCCAGGUGGACAAGGUGUUGUGGGUCAUGGUGAAGUUUUUUCUAUUGGCCACCGAGAUGAGUGUUGUAAUCUUCGGGUUAGCAUUUGGUCACAUGGAUAGCCGGAGCAGUAUAAGAUAUGUCCUGAUGGCGACCUCGUUCAUAUCUCUGGCUUUCACUAUCACUCAAGGGACACUGGAGUUCAUGAAGACUGAUGAUGACACUCUGAUAGCGGGGGAUACGGACUUGUUUGAACAUGGCGGAGUGCUGUUCUGGUUUACUUCGUCGCUUGUGUUUGCAUUCAUCUAUUUUCUGAUAUUGAUAUUGCCAUGGACCCCACUGAGAGAGUAUUUGGCAUUACCAACGAAACUGUCUUUCUACCUAUACAUCCUCCUAUUGGCGCUCCUCGACGCGACGCAGGCCGCCGGCGCGGGCAUGCUGCUAUGGGGCCCGAUACCCUCGGGGCUGUGCGUCGUGGACGUGACCACGUGGCUGUACUACUCGCUCUACACGCCGCUAGUCUACCACACGUUCCUCAGCGAGUUCUUCAGGUAUCUAUACAUUCUACUGGCGCCCCUCGACGCGACGCAGGCCGCCAGCGCGGGCAUGCUGCUAUGGGGCCCUAUACCCUCGGGGCUGUGCGUCGUGGACGUGACCACGUGGCUGUAUUACUCGCUCUACAUGCCGCUAUUCUACCACACGUUCCUCAGCGAGUUCUUCAGGUAUCUAUACAUCCUACUGGCGCUCCUUGACGCGACGCAGGCCGCCGGCGCGGGCAUGCUGCUAUGGGGCCCUAUACCCUCAGGGCUGUGCGUCGUGGACGUGACCACGUGGCUGUACUACUCGCUCUACACGCCGCUAGUCUACCACACGUUCCUCAGCGAGUUCUUCAGGUACCUAUACAUCCUCCUGGCGCUCCCCGACGCGACGCAGGCCGCCGGCGCGGGCAUGCUGCUAUGGGGCCCUAUACCCUCAGGGCUGUGCGUCGUGGACGUGACCACGUGGCUGUACUACUCGCUCUACACGCCGCUAGUCUACCACACGUUCCUCAGCGAGUUCUUCAGUGUAUCCCAGCCAAGCAUCAUGUUCUCAUACAAGGCGCAGAUGGACGAGCCUCUAGACGACGACCAGGUGUCGCUGCCGCACCAGCAAAGCUUCAGCUCGCUCAAGACAGACUCCGAUUACAUCUACCAGCAAAGCAACAGCGUGUACGACAGCACCCUGUUCGAGGCCGGCGGCGCCACGCCCAUGAACCCCGCGUACUCGGCCUCGCUGCAGAGCCCCGACUCCAUCGCCUCCGCGCACUCCACAUAACGAUAAGGUCACACAUCCAAAGAUAUUAGUCAUAACUGAUUUACGGACUUAGGUGCGGACUACGUUUUUGGGACAUCUUGGCAACGUGGGAAUUUUAUUUUUGACAAAAACUAUGUAUACACUUUUCUUUCAGACUUUAUUAGGAUGGCUCAAAAACUACUUAUUCUUGAGUUAGGGAUACCCCUCAAUUCUUUUACUGUCAUAAUAUUAUAACUCUCAAGAAAAAAAUGCUAAAAUUUCAAUUUUCAAAAUCGAGGGGUUCCCAAAAAAAUCUGAAGAAAGCGUUUUUUCGAACCGUCCUAAUGAGUAUAUACCUAGUAUAUUGGCCAGUUAGGAUCUGAGAACAGCAUAUUAGAAAGAUUUUAUAGUUCUGACCCAAAACCAUAUCAACAUGCAAAUCAUCUACUUAUAUGGAUGAAAAAAAAAAUGCGUUCAAUCUAAGAGUAGGAGAAAAUAUUUUUGCCCCAAAAACGUUAACGUCUGCUUAGUAUCGUCAUGAAAAAAGAAAUAAUAAGACGCACCAAGUGGUACAUUUGUCAAUUGACAUACAUACAGAUGUAGUGCAUAAUUGUUUUCCAUCGUAUUUUCUCGGAAACGUUCGUAUUUGUCAUGCUACUUCAGUCAACCUCAGAACUUUUUGUACCGAGACUGACUGAAAUAGCAAGACACGUUCGUAUGUUUCCGUGAAAAAACGAUGGAAAAUAAUUAUACACUACGUCUGACGGUUUCGACCACCAAACUAGAUGUCGUCACGCUUAAAAAUCUAGCUACAGCCACAUAAUAAAUAAUAGUACUAGGUACAGAAGACUCACUCUCUAACAAAACGCGUCUGUUACGAUCAGCACAGAUAUGGCCGCUAGGUGGCGACAGCGCCACUCCCGGCUUCUGGCUUUCCCCAAAAUUGGUGUGGAACGGAUGUACUUUUAGCUACCUGUAGCAAAGCGACGAAAUCGUGGAGUGAGCCACGCCUGCUACAGCAUACUGUACGUGGCAACACUGCGCCAUCUAGUAAAUCAGUAAAAUUGCACCUACAAUUUUCCGCUUUCUGCGUAUUAUUAUUUCUCUGUCUAAGUUAUCGUGUAACGAUUAGGAUUAAUAUAGUGCUACUUAAACUUGUCUCGAUCCAUUUCUAAAAUUAUUUUCUAUUGACGGUUAUGUAAAUACAAUUUAUUUUUGUGAUAUCGUGAGCCAGUGAUCAAACGAAUGACGAGACUGUAUGACACCGUUUCUGCUUAACUUUAACGCGGUUAUAUAUCACACUGAUGUAUCGGACGCCGCUCUGGAGUGUGAAAGAGACAGCGCUACACAUACAGGGUAUUUUUUUCUAGCCAUAUCUUUGCGAUAUGGACGUACAAGCCCCCUAGGGCUUAACUGCCGCUAUACACUAGUGGUUAAUAGGGAGGCGAAUAGGGGAAUUUUCGGCAAUACUCGAGCGUGGCAGUUUAAGAUAUGAGAGAUACCUUAGACCUAAUAGAACAACCUUGUAAAGUAUUUAGCUCUAUAUGUAGUGACGCGCGCGUAGGAUAGACGAUCAGAUUAGUAAAAAAAAAUGGAUAGUCUGAAAUACUCGAGCGCGUCAGAUUAAGAUAUUGGGGGUUGAUUUUAGUGUUUAAAGACUAAAUUUAACUAAUCUGACGAUAAGUCCUUGACGCCGCCGAGUUAUAGGGUCGCGAACUUGUAAAAAAAAAACGUUAAUCCGGCAUUCUCGAGCGCGAUUUUUUUAUUUUUUAUUUUGAAGAAUAUAAUCUAAAACUUACUAAAAAUACAAAAUCUGCCGGUUUCCGCAUGACCGGAAGUGUGGAGGAGCCAUUUCGUCUUCCUAAGAACGCGUUGCGGCAUAUAAGUCGCGAACGAUACAUUUUACAAAAAAAAAGUUUAAAUAAACAAAAAAGGUAAUUUGAUUUUACACAAAAAAGGUCUCUUUACAUUUUUGUCCAAAGUUAAAACUUUUUGACUUGAAGCAUCAUGAAAUCGGUCAGAUUAAGAGAACCCACCGACAUUUUUGUCAGAUUAAAAAAAUAUGCUUUCAGGAUACCGGGAUAAACCUCCCCUAUGAAAAUCUGACGCGCUCGAGUAUUUCAAAAAAACUUUUUUUCUUUGCAUUUUCAAAAAUUCAUCGUAACUUAUCGUCACGCCGAAAUCGUCAGUUUUUUUAAAGGAAGCUUCCUUGGGGCCUACUUAACACCCCUUCCGAAAAUCUGACGCGCCCGAGUAAAUUUUUUUUAUUUGCAUUUUUGACUACUUUAUAUGCCUACCCCCACCACGCAAACCGGCAGAUUAGUAUACCGUUGUUAUCAGAGGCACUCGGGGCAUACGUAGUAUGAAUAUCUGACGCGCUCGAGAAUGCCCAAGUAACUGUUUUUUUUAACAUUUUUGAAAAACCGUACACGCCAAACCCACCGCUAAAAUGGUUUUUGCCAUACGAGCUUUUCUUUUCGAAAUUAUUUUAUCUUUCGAUUUUGAUAGGUCUCGACGGCGCCGUUGAAUUACGCCAUUUAGCUA